AUGCAUCGACGGCGAUCAAUUGACGACGACGAAAUGUCGCUGCACAUCACUGACUACACCACCGCCAACGACAGCGCGCGUGAAAUCGAUUGCGUUGACGAACCAAUCAAUCGGUUGCUGAAACGAUCGCUGUCACCGCAGGAUGGCGUCACACCCUAUUAUCAAACAAAAUCCGCCAUAGAAAAGAAGACGGACGUCGUUCUAACGCAAUCGUACGUGCCAACGACAGUCGUGACCCUGACGAACACCCAUUUGCUGUCCAACGACGGUGAUAUAAUUCGGAUGAAGACAAUUCGUAAUCGCGUGAAACCAAUGAGCGAUUUGGAGGACGAUGAUGACGAUCUGCUUGACAUUGACAGUGAUACACCACCACGUGUCUACAUUACAAAGAUCCUUUCGAAAGGAGAAGAGCCGAGCACUCGACUCUUCGAAGAAACGCGUCUGCUGUGGGAAAUGAAUGAACUGAAUUACACCACACAUAUAACAGCUCUAAAAACCACUAUGAUGACAGAAUUGGAACGAAAACAUAAUCAGGAUACGGCUGCCAACUCUGUUGCUCACUUUGUGAUGCCAUCGACGAAGCAACAGUCCACGACAGAAACCCCACGGAACAGCUUCUAUGCCUCCCAUACGUUGUCAACAUGGAGACUGACACCCAUGUCUUCAACUACCAGCACUACCUCAAAUAAGAUGCCGAAUGCGAAAUCACCUUGGCUACCGAAAGGAGUUCAAACUGAAGCAGAGAAACGUCUAGAAAAUGGAAAAAUUCCAAUGGGACAAACGUAUGUUAGGAUUAGUACACUCGAACAGCUGAACAACUUGCAGCCGACGCAACCAGUGACGUUACACCAAGCUCAGACAACACCACGUCCUCGUCCAGUCAAGCACGGCUUUGAUCGGAGUCUAGACGAGGCGAUAGACGCAGGUGUGCUCAGUUAUCCACCGGAGAAGGCCGAGAAAGAAGAGAAACACACCCAUGCUACCAAUGAUUUCCUGACACAUUUGGCGACGUUCUCCUCAUCGGCAACGUGUAUCGCGCGAACAAUAUUCGAUUUGUGGAGUGCUAGUCAGCUGCUGGCAUUGUUUCAGUGCUUGAUUGGAGUCUGUGCAGCUCACCGUAGUCUAUUCGUCUCUCAUCUUGUCCUCGACAUUCUUCUGCUCGUCAUCGGUUUCAUCUAUACAAUCACAAUGAUCGUGUUCUCCAUAGUUCUCUAUCUACUCAUCGGCGAAACACCAAAACAGGUUCUCUUCAAGUGGAUAUUAUUCGCGCUUCUUCUGGAUGCAAUUCUUUUGCUGUACGGGUGUCUCGUCAUGAUUUCACUUCGCUGUUGUGAACGGAUUGUUCAGAGUCGACUGUCAAUGAGAAUGGAGAAGCAUUUACUUCAAGCUAAACCACAAUCAGUUUGA